AUGUCUUCUACUAAAAGCGACUCGAUGAACAAGAGUGCCACUGACGGCUACAUUGAACUAAGCAAGCUACACACCGUGUUCAAUACCGCGAAGGCUGCUCUAGAGCAAAAGGAUCCGAGAGCAAAGUGGUGUGUCUCAGAGGAUGACCUAAAAAAAGUGCUGCUGGGCGGUGGACGAAGUGAAAUCAUCACCAAAUAUAAUCUAUGCGGGGGUGAAACAAACGACUCCCAACCCAGUUAUGAUUUUGUGUAUCCGGAUAGCCCAUAUCAUGAUGAUGAACAUUCCCAAUGGGCUGAGCACUUUGCGCGAGCUUGUGCUCGAGCAUCGAAGUCGAGGAAAAUUGCCGAAGGAUACAUCCCAGACUCACUCUAUUAUGGGCCUACCAAACAACAGCUCAUUUGGAAAAGACCCAUGAACAUUGAAGGGAGAUUGUCCGACAUCGAGGCUGAGACUGCUAUCCUGAAGUACCUUGGUAGUCUACCUGAUGCCGACGAGAAUAUGAAUUGCAAUAUUGGAUUUCCUGAUCGUUUCGCCAUUAGGUAUUGCGAAGAUGCUCCAGUAGAAGAUGAAUUUAUUUAUCGGAUCUCUUCAGUCGAUGUGGCUACCACCCCCCACAUCGUAGUCCCACAAGAAUACACCACGGACGUAGCGGAGGUGAAUAUAGCAUAUAAUCGACCUAUUUCGCAAGCCACCACCAGAGCUAUCAACGCUCAUACAGACACAGAUUUUAGUGAUUUCAAGGUGGAUGCGAAUGUAGAUAGCAUUUAUAAGGUUUAUCCUGAGAUUAGCAGAAGACUCUUCCGAGGUGCACAAGCUGUCGGACGGGCUUUAUCAGCUGGUACAAUCUCUCUGAUCGACCCGGCCAAGGGCCAAUCCACAUUCCCCGCAACCAAAUCAACGGUUGCUAUGAACAAUACUGCCGAUGGGAUUACCUUCCACCUCAAGACCGAUCAAGGAACGACCUUUGACUUGAAUCACUCAUGGGUGUCAUUGCCGGAGGCUGCCCAAGAGGGCAAAGAAGAAUGCUCUUACUCGCAAGGCGAAUUUGCCAAAGAGGAUCACGAUUUUGCACUUCAGAAGGUCAAGAGUGUCAAGCUCUGA